AUGAAACGGCCAUCAGGCUACCUCCUGGGACCCGUCGACGGUGAACUCGGAAGUAGUAUGGGACGCUCAGGGUUAGCCAGCUUGGAGCUCGCCGAUGAUCAAAAGCGCCGGGAAGCUCGGGACUCUCAGGCUGGUCCCCCCGCCAAGGUUCGCCUCCCAGCAGCCCCUCAGACUUUUGAUGUAGGAGCUGCACAGCAAUGCUGCAAUGCUCUUGAAGCCAUAUUGACUUCCUCGGCCGUCUUAUACCCAUGUUCACUCGAAUACGACGCCCAAUUAUCUACCUAUUACACCCUGGAACAGGCCGCACAACGCCCGGCUUGUCGUAUAGCCCCUACCACUACUAAAGAUGUCGCGCUUAUCAUGGGAUUCGCGACCACUUCUGGAUGCGAAUUCGCCGUUCGUUCAGGCGGCAAUAUGAGCUGGGAAGGCUCAUCGAAUAUCGGUGCACACGGAUUCACCAUCGACUUACAGGGCUUGAAAGGGAUAGAGUUCGACGAUGAUGCAAAGACGGUCUCUGUCGCCCCCCGGUUGACGUGGGGAGAGAUCUACGCGUUUCCGAAGCCCCAUGGACUACAUACCAUGGGCGCUCGUGCCUCCAGUGUUGGGAUUGGUGGGUUUCUGCUAGGCGGUAAGUCGAUUCCUCGAGCCUUGUUGACAUCAUCCUCGACUACGAGGUCGCACUUUCUAAUGGAUCCAUCUUUCAUGCUAACGCAAUCGAACGCGCCGAUCUUUUCUGGGCAUUGA